UCGUGUUUUGGCAGUCGGCACUCGGCAGCGAUAGACGUGUGUGGUACACCUCUGCGACCGAUUUUAUUUACGCUGUUUAAUUAAGACUUAUCGGAGGAAUAGUACAAGAUUAAAGUAAAUCAGUGUAAUAAUAUAAUAAUCAAACAAAUAAGUGAAAGUGCAGUUCUGUCGGAGGAAAGGAUUCUUAGCGUUAAUUAAAAUAAUCGCGCAGCAUGCCGGCGCCCGCGCCGCCGCCGCCGCGCGUGGAGCACCUGUGGAGCGCGCUGCAGGCGCGCGCGUGCGCCGAGGACGACCUGCCGCUAGAUCCCCGGCGCUGGUCGCGGCGCGAGGUGGGCGCGUGGGCGGCGCGGCGCGGCGCGCGCGCGGAGCGCUUCCCCAUGAACGGCAAGGCGCUGUGCCUCAUGAGCGGGGACAUGUUCGCGGCGCGCGAGCCCGCCCUCGGCCUCCGGCUGCACCAGGAGUUCCGGCGGCGCCUCGCCAAAGCGCUGGCGCUGCAGGACCUGCUGGAGAAGCUGAUGGCCAACUGAGCGCGGCCUAGUGGAGUUAGUUUAGUGCUGCGAACAUUAUCAGGACUUUCGGUUAUAAGUUAGUGCACGAGCAACUCACGGGGCCGGGUCGACGCGGGACUCGGGAGUGCUGCCGCGUGUGAGGUGCACGCCGCCCGCCGCCGCCCGCCGCAGUUCCUCGUCCAGGAACCAGCGCAGCUGCGGAGUGCGAGCCUCCGGCGGAGCGGAGACGGCGGGCGUGCUGUGGGAGUUGUACAUCUCACAUCUCUCCGACACGUGGACGUGGAAAUGUUUGUAAAUAUGUACUUGUAUUUUGUGCUUCGUAGCUAUUAGUUAUUGUGAGGCAUCACUCGAUUGUUCCUAUUAGAUUCCGACACAUUCUGUACUUUAUGUAUACUUAAUAUUAUUUUAUUAUUAGAGAUUAUAAGUUAAUAGGACAUCCCGCGAGCACCCGAGACCUUAUAAACGUGCCUACAAUAUUGUGUAGAUGUUUGAGUGACAAACUCAAAUAAUAGAUUUAUUCCCUUUUCUACGCUAAGACAGGUUUUGGAGUCAAAAUGACGCGCCAAGACCGUAGAGUCGAUUCUAACAAGAGUGGCGCAGUAAGUAGACAAUCAACACGUUUCUUUGUAGUCCUAAAUGCCGAGGGUGAUUAUGUGUUAGCAGAUAGUAUGCUCUAGUCAGGUCACGGUGUAAAAUAUACUAUUUUUA